AUGGAGGAGAGAGAUCAACCCAUCACAGAUGAUCACAGGAAGCUCGUCUUCUCCUUCAUCCGGAUGAUGCGCCGGUCGCAGGUCGAGAACUCCGAGCGCGCCGAGGCGGUGGGGCAGAUGCUUGGUGAGGAGUUCGGCGUCGACCCGGCCGGCAGCGGCGGUCUGCACGACACGGAGGUGGACGUGCUGGAGGCCUUCAAGACAGCGCUGCGCGAGCACGAGCGUCGCAGCGGCGCCGAACAGGACGAAAAAUUUGUGUCCUUUGUGGAGCUGCUGGAGAAGAAGGGCUAUUUCAAGGGCGUCGAGAAAGGCUCUGACGAAUACGCGCAGCGGCUGGAGAAGGCGCGCGAGAAGUUCAACCAGCGCAACAACCCCUAUGAGGGCCUCACGGCGGAGCAGAUCAAGAACAAGGGCAACGAGUUAAUGAGCCAGGCCAAGUACAAGGAGGCGAUCGCGUACUACACUAAGGCGAUUGAGCUACAGCCGGACAACGCCGUCUUCUUCGCAAACCGCGCCGCGGCUCACACGCACCUCAAGGACUACAACAACGCUAUCAUCGACUGCGAGCGCGCCAUCAUCAUCAACCCCGAGUACUCGAAGUCGUACUCCCGCCUGGGAACGGCGCUCUUCUACCAGGAGAAUUACAGCCGCGCUGUCGACGCCUUCACCAAGGCGUGCGAGCUCGACCCCGACAAUGUCACCCACAAGGAGGACCUUAAGCGCGCGGAAGAGAAGGCGAAGGCGACUGGCCUCAGCGCGGGCGGCGGCAUGGGCGGCUUCCCCGAGAUGGGUGGCAUGCCGGACAUGGGCCAGUUCGCGAACAUGAUGAGCAACCCGCAGUUCAUGGAGACGGCGCAGCGCAUGAUGCAGAACCCUGAGUUUAGCAACCUGGUUGCUAACAUGGCGAGCAAGUUCAGCCAGGGCGGCAUGGACCCAGCGGAGCUGAACCGCCUCGGUGCCGAUAUGGGGAUGCGCAACGUGGACGAGGAGGGCAAUGUUGUGACGCCGUUCGGCAAGGUGAACCGUGCCGCCAUCGAGCAGCUGCAGGAGGAGGAGGUGCGCAAGAACCCGAAGCUGGCGGGCAUCAUGGCGGAUGUGCAGGCCAACGGCUACGGCGCCUUCCAGAAGUAUCUCGGCGACCCCGAUGUCAUGAAUCUGAUGAUGAAGUUCCAGAACCUCAUGUUUACGAACCCGAAUAGGAGUGCUUGA